CUCGUUUAGCCGAUUAUUAUUGGUACCCGAUUUUCAUUAAAACUUUGCCGGAACACGGAACACACAUCCGGAUCACGUGCACGUAUAAAACAAAGUUCUGCCGAAUGAUUUUGAACAAUGGAUGCCCUAACAGAGAGCCUUGCUACCAGUUUCUCUGUGAGCACAGAGCCCAACAGUACCGAUGCUCCCCACCCCAGGUUUGCAGAGUACAAGAAGAAAGCCAGCAACUCAGACCAGGAAUCUCGAAGGAAAAACAUACUUGAUCAACAGAAAAGUCGGAGGUUUGACUUUGCGAACCAUGCACGGCGCCUGCUGGAGGAUGACUGGCAGGACUCGGACGACCUCGAUGAUGAUGAUGGAGAGGCCAUGGAGGCCGAAGACUCACAGAAACAGAGGACUUACAGACCUGGCAGAUACUACAGGAACCAGCUGAUGCUGUCCGAGUGGUUGGUAGAGGUGCCUGAGAAUUUUGAGGAGGACUGGCUCAUGGUGGCCUGUCCCUGGGGAAAGAGAUGCCUUGUGGUAGCUGCAUAUGGUACCACCACAGCUUACGGCAGGAACGGUUACCGUGUCAACUCCUUCCCCUCUCACCUACCUGGGGGCAACCGGCAGCAAAAAGACAAAUACAGAGAUAAUGCCAUUCUGGACUGUAUAUAUCACGAGGUAGAGAAGACGUUCUAUGUGCUUGACAUCAUGAACUGGAAGAACCAUCCUGUCUAUGACAGUGAUACAGAUUUCCGGUUCUUCUGGAUGCUCAGUAAGCUACAGGAGGUGCCAGAGGCAGGAGAAGUAAGCAAGAUUAACCCAUACAAGUUUAUACCCCUCCAGUACCAUGCCUGCAAGAAAGACACCCUACAGAAUGUAUUCGAAAGUGCUACCCAGCAGUUUGAUGGCUGCCUGUUCUACCACAGACAGGCCCACUACACAUUCGGCCGGUCACCCCUGGUGAUCUGGUUGAAGCCCUACAUGGUGCCCGAGAUGUUGGGGAUACCAGUACCCGACUCCAUGACGACAGAGAAGCCGGCCAACUACACGACCUAUGAGCAACAUCUCACACAGGUGAAGGAGACCCGAGAGAGGCAGGAGAGAGAACAGGAGAAGAAGCAGACCCAGAAGAAGUCCAGGCGUGGCCCAAACAGAUCCAGUCAGUUCAAAAUGGAUCUGAUGCAGUCAAGCUGGUUUCGUGAAAUCCCGCCAAGGUUUGACACGGACUGGGUGUUACUGACGUGUCCUGUUGGCCAGCGAUGUCUCGUCAUGGCCAUAGAUGGGGAGACCAAGUGGUUCAACAAGAUGGGCCACAAGCUUCCAGGCUACUUCCUCUCGGUGCUGCCAGGCGGUAACGGUACCGAGUACGGAUAUGGACCCACGGUUGUCACACUAUUGGACUGUGUGUACGUUGAAGAUAAGAAGACCUACUUUAUAUUGGAUGCCAUUAGGUGGGGAGAUUAUGAUCUGACACAAAUUCCAUAUGAUGAAAGGAUGAAAUGGGUUAGACAGCAGUUCAUGAAGUUGCCAGAAUUAAAGUUUGUUACAGAGCUAAACAUGUUCAAGUUUGCCAUGUUGUACCACUUUGACUGCACACUGGAUGGUUUGGGGAAAGCUAUCUGGCAGACAACUUUUGAGAUCGACGGCUUGCUGUUCUACAAGCGCGACACGCCGUACCUUACCGGGGAGACUCAAGAGGUGCUGUGGAUGAAGCCCUACAUGCUGCCAGAGGUGUUUGACGGUGUCGUAGUACCCCACGCUUUGACGGCCAAGAAGCCAGCUAGUUACUCUGACUUCACAACGUUCCUGCAUCAACUGGACAGUGGCCUUAUCAAGCCUCAAAAGAAUAACUUCUUUAAGAAGAAAACUGGAAACAGUAAAGCAUUUGUUCCAAAAGUGGAAUUGAAAUUACCUCCUCCUCUUCCAAAGGUAGAGAAGCAAGAGAAGAAAAAAAUCACUAAAGGGCCUGGUAAAAAUGGGCCACAGCCGCAAAAGGGCCAGAGUGGUAAUCAUGGUAAUCCAAAAAUAGUGCAACAAAAUUACCAAGGGUUUGAUCAGUCGGGUCCUAAGAGACCGUUUGGGCGAGGGUCGUUGAGUGGGCACAGUUACUUUGGGGAUGAGAGUGAUUACUACUAUCCUAGCGAUGACUUCCGGUACCAGGAAUACCGGGGUCGUAGAGACGGCGGUGGAGAUGCCUUCAGGAUGGCGGAGUUGCAUGCUGCCAUAGCUUACUAUGACUAUGACCGAACCACACAAAUUCCAAGGGCCAGAAAUCAGAGCUACAAAAAAUUCUAAUGAGUGUUGAUGGUUUCUUGUCAUUUGACAAUUACAGGGGAGAUAUUUUAUGUAUCUCAUAAUGUUUGUAAGGAUUAAAAAAGAACGUCUAAAAAUGCAGUCAUAAGUGUACCUGCUCAUAAGUCGGGGGCAUACAGUGGUACGAAAAUUUGGCAUUUUUGAGUACCGGUAUGUUCACUUCAUAAGUCGGGUCAAAAUAACAUGAAAACGGCAAAAGGAAAAUCUGUGUAGCUAAAAUUGUGACAUCAAUUUAUUCAUUGUCGUAUUUUUUUACAUGACAAACUUUUAAAAUAUUUUUGUUGUAUUUAAUAAUCCAAUAAGUAGCUUAAAAUACCAUCUGUCAAAACAAUGAUUUUGUAGGUCAGUAAAAUAUCGGAGAAGCUUGCACAGCUGUAUCACGUAGAUGAUCUCGGAAACAAGACUUGCUUGAAACAUAGAAAAAUAAUAAUUGUUAUUUUCAUCGGAAUUGUUUAAAUACAAAUAUGAACGAAACCAACAUGCAAAGACGACACAAAAAAUACCAUUUAAAUGAAAGUAGUUGUUUAUUUAUUUUCGCUUUCUCUCGAUUUUCAGAAAAUGUUACAUUGCAUAUUCUAAUAGCAUAUGAACUGAACGCACAGAUUGCGUCAGGUGAUUAUAGAUAAAAUUAUAAUGCCAUCCAGGGGAUUUGACCCUGGACUUCUGGAAGCAAAAGCUACUGCAAUAUCACUGCCCCGCGCAUGCUUUAGUUUUUGUUAGGGAAUUAUAACUAUGUUAGUACUCAAUUUUCUAUCAAAGUUAAUAAGAUAAAGUAUUAGAAACGCUUUUAACCGAUGUCUAAUUCUGUUCUGAUUAAACAUCAAUGAAACAGUAUUUUUUAACAUUUUAUCAUAGGAGUGUUUUUUGGCUUGAUUAAGCAUAAUGUUUACCUUCUUUGUUUCAUCAAUAACAAUUUAUUCAGAAACUCGUCAUUUUACCAAACUAUGAACAUGUCCAUUUAUGUUGAGGUGACAUUUGAACUCUGAAUAGGUACAACAGUAUCCGGUAUAUUUGUUCAUGAUAUAAAUUGUUGGUAUUAUGUGUAAACUGUAUUACGUUAAUGAUUUGUUUAUAAAUAAAGUGUACACAAAGAUU